AUGAACAACUUCUCUCCCAUUAUUCGAACACUGGCUCGCCAGUCUCUCCAGAGACAAUCCUUCUCAACGCAACACGGCGCAGAGUCAGCCUCAUCUACUACCAGAGUUCAGCCUCAUCUACUACCAGAGUUCAGCCUCAAAGACAAAGUGAUUGUCGUGUCGGGAGGCGCAAGAGGUUUGGGUCUUGUUCAGAUUGAAGCUCUUCUUGAAGCCGGAGCUACUGUCCACGCUAUUGAUAGACUGCCCUCGCCAGUUGAGGAUCCGAAGUCCAACUUCUCACAAGUCUCUGACCGAGGGCGUGAGCUUGGUACCUCACUUCAUUACCAUCAAGUGGAUGUCAGAGAUGUCCCAGGUCUCAAUCGCAUAUUCGAGGACAUCGCCAAUGGCGCAGAUCGUAUGGAUGGACUCAUCGCUGCUGCGGGUAUCAACCACGAAACACCAGCAAUCGACUAUUCGAUGGAAGAAACCGAACGAAUGAUGAGCAUCAACUUCACUGGGGCUUUCAUGACUGCCCAAGCAGCCGCUCGUCAGAUGAUUCGCCUUAGAAAGCCUGGUAGUAUUGUCAUGAUUGCCAGUAUGAGCGCAACCAUCGCCAACAAGGGCAUGCUCGCGCCCGUUUAUAACCCUUCCAAAGCUGCAGUCGUACAGCUUGCCCGUAAUCUUGCAAUGGAAUGGGGAGAACACGGUAUCCGUGUCAACACCCUCUCUCCUGGCUAUAUUCUGACCCGGAUGCUUCAAAAUCUCUUCAACGAUUAUCCUGAUCGUCGCGAAAGGUGGCCCAAAGAGAACAUGCUCGGCCGUCUAAGCACUCCAGAAGAGUAUCGCGGUGCUGCUGUCUUUCUUUUGAGCGACGCGAGUAGCUUCAUGACAGGUGCUGACCUUCGCAUGGAUGGUGGACAUGCUGCGUGGUAG